UUACUUAAUUUGUUGUUGUGUGAUGAACGCUCUUGAGAAAUCUUGGCUGAAGUGAGAGCAAAAAGGGGUUGAUUGACGAUGAGAAGCUUGGGAAGGCUGGUGCGUCGAGCACUUCUCUUGAGCAGCAACAAUGGCGGAUCAAUAUCAGAGCCCUUCAAUUCACGAAACCCACCUCGCGGAGCAUACCUGUUCAGUAGAUUCUUUUUCUCUUCUUCUUCUUCUUCUUCUUAUUCAAGUGGUUUAUCCGAUUUAGUCUCCUUGAAGUCUUCUCUGGGCCACUCCCAAUGGAACCAUUUCCAAGGGCAGAGGAGGAGCAUGUUUAUCCAAACACAGUCAACUCCUAACCCUGCUUCUCUCAUGUUCUAUCCUGGGAAGCCAGUUAUGGAGGCAGGGAGCGUGGACUUUCCUAAUGCACGUUCUGCUAUGAGUUCACCUUUGGCAAAGGCUCUGUUUGGAAUUGAUGGAAUUACCAGAGUCUUCUUUGGAUCAGAUUUCAUAACCGUGACAAAGUCCGAGGAAAUUUCAUGGAAUUUGCUGAAACCUCAAAUCUUCGCAGCAAUCAUGGAUUUUUAUUCCUCUGGGCAACCGUUGAUCCUAGAUUCAACUACUGCAGCUUCCAUGGACACAGCUAUACACGAAGAUGAUUCUGAAACUGUUGCAAUGAUCAAAGAACUCCUAGAGACUCGUAUCCGUCCAGCAGUACAAGAUGACGGUGGAGACAUUGAAUAUGUGGGAUUCGAUCCAGAAACGGGAAUAGUUAAACUACGAAUGCAGGGAGCCUGCAGUGGAUGCCCUAGUUCGUCCGUCACUCUGAAAUCUGGCAUAGAGAAUAUGCUAAUGCAUUAUGUGCCCGAGGUCAAAGGGGUAGAACAAGAACUUGAUGAUGAACACGAGGAUGCAGCACUGACUGGAGCACCACACGAGUAAAUUGACAAUCUUUCCUGCAUUUCGGGUAUCGUUACUUGAGAUAAAGCACAUUUUGUUAAGUCUUGAAAGUCAUAAAAAUGUGACGGAGGACGGUUUCAUGCCUCUGCAAGUUAAACUAUCCCUACCCGUAAAUCCUUUAACUUUGUUUCUUGUUGCAGCUUUGACCUAGCCGUAUCGUUAUGAUUAACUGAUUUUGUAGCUUUUUGUGUAGCAUGUUGAAGCAUUAUGUGCUGAUCAACUGUUGUUUCCGGAGUUUUUCUCCAACAUUUUGACCUGUUUCUUUC